CUAAGAAACAAAGGAGAAGACUAAAAAAAUUGUGAUGUUUUCUUGAGUGGAGAUGCGGCAGAUGCAGCAGCCGCCGCCCACUGCAGCGUCCAUAUUCAAUGGAAAUUAAAAGCAACACAGAAAAAAACGAAAACAAAAAUGCGAAAAUAAAUCCUCUUUCCAUCCGUCAUUAGAUUACCACUUCUUUUUCUCCUUCCGCGCAUGGCCAUGUUUAAGAUCCCGGAUCAUCAAGUUGCUGGCCAUCAAGCCAGUAAUGGAAUGAUUGGUCCUCUUAUAGAUGAUUCGGGGCUCUUCUUCAAGCCUCUGCAGAAGGACGACCGGGGAUCGAAGGAGGUCGCUUUCUACAAAUCAUUAUUUUCAAACACCAGUGUUCCAGAUAACAUUCGUGCGUUCUUCCCGGCCUUCCAUGGAACUCAGCUUAUUCCUGCCUCGGACGGUUCUGGCUUGCAUCCCCACCUUGUUUUGCAGGAUCUCGUUUCGAGUUAUGUCAAUCCGUCGAUUAUGGAUAUUAAGAUUGGUUCCAGGACUUGGUAUCCACAAGCUUCUGAGGAUUACAUCCAGAGGUGCUUUAAAAAGGAUAGAGAAACGUCCAGCUUGGCUCUGGGGUUUAGGCUGUCUGGUUUGCAGAUUCAUGUGAGCCAAAAAGUUGGAUACUGGAAGCCAGAGAGGAGAUCUCUGCAGAACUUAUCGGCCGAGGAUGUUAAGUUGAUUCUAAAGAAGUACGUUUCUUCAAACGCUCCAGAUUCUGAUGCCGAUGAACCCGAUUGCGUUUUUGCAUCAUCAGUUUAUGGUGGUUCAAAUGGAGUUUUGGCACAACUAUUGGAGCUGAAGACAUGGUUUGAAGAUCAGACGAUUUACCAUUUCUAUUCUAGCUCAGUGUUGAUGGUGUACGAUAAGGAAACCACGCUGGAAACUAAGUCGAAUGCAGCAAUAAAACUCGUUGACUUUGCACACAUCGUCGAAAGCGGAGGUGUCAUUGAUCAUAAUUUCUUGGGCGGGCUCUGUUCUUUGAUCAAGCUUAUCUCAGAGAUUUUGAGCGAUGGACACAACUGCCCGGCCAAAACUUGCCCGCCAUGCUCUGAUGAGGAUUCGAAUGGCAACAACCACAGGUGAGCAGAAUAUUAAGGUUCAAACAUAUUGUUUAUGGAGGAGGAUUAAAUCAGUCUUCCAAUCCUGAAUAAUAAUCCCACAUGCUUUAUCAUAUGAAAUAAAAUUUUCUGACUUAUUGGGACUUACUGGAUUCAAUCUGUUGAGUCAUUGAUCAGCCCUUUGGCCAAAUUGGUUUCUUAAGAUUUCUUUGUAAUUAAUUUCAUGUGGGUUCUUUCAUUUCUGCAGCCUUGAAAGAGUUGAACCAAUACUGGUUGCUUAGUUUGUUUUGUUUUGUUUUGUUUACUGUUGUUUCUGCAUUAUUUCAUACACAGUAUUGUUUUAAAUCCACAGCAGAUCUUGUUGUGCAGAUAAUAAAUUAUUGUUGGUUUUUUGCUUUUA